CCCAGGAUGCAGCGCGGCGGCGACGUCGGUGGCGGCCGCCAUGUUGUGCUAGUUUGUUGUUCUCCGGCGGCGGGAGCGGGGCCCGCCGGGCGCUGAAUCCGAGCCCUUCCCGGCCCGUUGCCCGUGUCCUUCGCCGCGGCACCGGCACCCGCCGCUCCGGCGGGCGGCACCGCGGCGCUGCCGCGACCCGCCGCCUGGGCCGGGCGAAGAGCCAUGGCUGCCGCGCUGGGAGGAGGCGCAGAUGAUGACUUUGAUCAGUUUGAUAAGCCCGGUGCAGAAAGGUCUUGGAGAAGAAGAGCUGGAGAUGACGACUGGGACAGUGAACUUGAUGAUGACUUGCUUGGAGAGGAUUUGCUAACUGGAAAAAAGAAUCAGUCAGACUUGUCAGAUGAAGAGCUGAAUGAUGAUCUUCUGCAAAGUGACAAUGAAGAGGAACAAGAAUUUCGCUCUCCAGGUGUCACAGUGAGCCUCAACGCCACAUCUGGCAUCCUGACAUCAUACGAACUCUCCGAGUCCAUCAACGAUCCCUCACUGGAACAUGAGUCUGAGUAUGACCAAGGGGAAGAUGAAAUUGGUUAUGACAAAUCUGAAGCACCUGAAGAAUAUGCCUCAGAGUAUGCAGAGGAGGGACAUUAUGAAGGCAAUGAUCCUGAACUGACAGAAGACCAGAUAGAAUAUGGGGAAGAGCCUGGGGAAGAAGAUGAGGUGCUAGACCUUGAAAUCAAUGAACCCCUAGAUGAAUUUCCAGAUGAAGAUUACAUGCAAUCAUAUAAUGAGCAAGCAAUGGAAGAACAAGAGUAUGCAGCUGAUGAGGAGUUGGAAGAAUCCCAGGCAAUGGCUAAUGAAUCAGAAGAGGCAGCUAUUGGAUCUCUGGAACUUCAAGAAGAAACAAAAGAAGAAUCUGAUGAAGAGGAGGAUGAUGAUGAAGAGUCUGGACGAUUACGUUUCAAAACUGAACGGAAAGAAGGAACAAUCAUCAGGCUCUCAGAUGUGACAAGAGAAAGGAGAAACAUUCCAGAAACUUUGGAGCUUUCUGCAGAAGCCCAAGCAGCACUGCGUGAAUUUGAAGAGAGGGAAAGGCAGCUUAAGCAGGGGCGAUACGGCUCCAGGAGAGGAGGGAGAAGAGGAGGCUCAGUUAUGUGCCAUGGAAUGGGAGAACAAAGGAGAGAUAAUAAUGAUAGGGGAAGAAUGAAGGAUCACAGGCCUGCACUGCUGCCAAACCAGCCAUCAACAAUGACUCACUCACAGAGGUUAAUUCCAACACACCAGCAACCUGUUAUGAGUCUGUUCCAGCAGCAACAGCAGCAGCAGCAGCAACAACAACAACAGCAACAGCAGCAGCAACAACAGCAGCAGCAGCAACAGUUACAAUCUCUGCUUCCUUUACAGCAUCAGCAUCAUUCUUCUCCUCCUCCAGGGCUACAUAUGCCCCCUCAGAUAGAAACACCACGAAUAAUGAUGACUCCCCCUCCAGUGACACCUCAGCAACCGAAGAACAUACACAUAAAUCCACAUUUCAAAGGGACGGUAGUGACGCCUGUACAAGUGCCCUUGCUGCCAGUUCCUGCCCAGCCAAGACCUGCUGUAGGACCCCAGAGAUUUCCUGGCCCUCCAGACUUCCAGCAGCAUACGCCUGGACCAGUUCCUACCAACUUCUCCCAAGCCCCGAGGCUGCCAAUCCAGGACCAGUGGAGAGGGCCACCCCCACCACCUCCACCACUCCCUCCUCCACCUCCUCAGGAUAGAGAUCCUUUCUUCAUAGCAGAUCCGAGGUUCCCAGGUCAUCCCUUGUUUGAGCAGCGUAGCCCCCCACCGCCACCGCCUCCCCCGCUUCUAAACAGCGCCCAUCCCGUUCCCACGCAGAGCCCGAUGCCGUUCAGCCCUCCCGGGCCCGCCUUCAGCCAGCAGGGACAGCAGCCGGUGUAUCCCCGGGAGCGGCCGGUGCGGCCCAGCAUGCAGCCCCAGGGCCCCGUGGGGAUCCUGCACUUCAGCCAGCCGGGCUCGGCCACCCCGCGGCCCUUCAUCCCCCCGCGGCAGCAGUUCCUGCAGGCGCCGGGACAGCCCUUCCUGUCCCCGCACACGCAGCCCAGCAUGCAGGGUCCCAUGCAUCCUCCAUUACAGCCUCAGCCACCACCUCAGCCUCAGCAGCACCAUCACCAGCAGCAACAGCAGCACCAUCACCAGCAGCCGCAGCAGCAUCACCAUCUGCAAGGGCCUCCACAGCCCUUGAUGCCCAUGAGCCAGCCACAGUUCAGGCCUCACAUGCAAGCCACACAGCAGCAGCCAAAUAAUAACAGGAUGCAGUGUCAGCCACGACAGGGUCCAAUGAAGCCAAGGCAUAGUACCCCAUCACAGAAUAUUGUCAAGCGUUCAAAUCAGCAGCUCCAGUCGACUGCUCCCAGGAACAGCAACUUGCGCGAGUUGCCGAUAGCCCCGUCCCAUGCCAUGGAGAUGAGCAACAACAGGCGAAACUCCACCCCAGCUGCUCAGGUCAAACCCAUUACCAGCACCAUGUCUGCCACCAAGUCUGUCACUGGUGGUGGCAACUCCCAGGGAAGGCCUGAGAUGAAAGCUAAAGCAAUCACUCCAGUGGGCCAGGCAAAAUCAGAAGGAAAAUCUGAACCAGAGUAUCCAGAUGAAGAUGAAGAAACUCGAUUGUACCGUUUGAAGAUAGAAGAGCAGAAGCGCCUGAGAGAGGAGAUCCUGAAGCAGAAGGAGCUGAGACGGCAGCAGCAGGCUGGGGCCAGGAAGAGAGAGUUGCUGGAGAGACUUGCACAGCAGCAGCAGCAGCAGCCUUGCUCCCAGCAGUCCUACAUGCAGCCCGAGGAGGACUCCUCCGAGUUCCCCACCAACGGCAGCCCCUACAUACCCCACUCCGGCUUGCAGACCAGGCACAACGUGAAAAACAGACUCCUUGUUAGAAAGCAAGACGCGGUAGUUGCAAACAUCCACCCCAAACCCACAGAUUUCCCCCAGGGCGCAGGGGACGGGCAGUACCAAGGACAGCAGAUGAAGCCAGUGAAGCAGCUGAGGCAAACUAGAACAGUUCCUGCGGGUCAGCCUCAGGCGCCACAGAAGGUGUUACAGAGCAAACCUGCCGCGGCGGCGCUGCCCGCGCCACAGGCGGCUCGAGUGGCCUCCGUCCCCGCGAGGCCCCAGGAGCAGAAGCCGGGGGUGAAAAGGACUGUCAUGCAGCGGACAAACAGUGGUAGUGAUGGGCCCCAUGUCGGCAGCAAAGUCAGGGUGAUUAAGUUGUCAGGAGGGCAGGGGGGAGAGGAUGCUGGCUUUUUUCACCCAGAGGGCCAACUCCAGCGGCCUCAACAACCCCCGGAGCCAAAACAGCAGCCAGUGCGGAAGGUCACAUUGACAAAGGGAAUGCAGCAGCAGCAGCAGCAGGCACAGAUCCAUUCACCAGCUCCUCAAGGAGUCAAAAACAUCCAGGGAAUCCAUCAACCUAAAAAGGUCAUUAUGCACGGCAGAGGCAGAGGAGUAGCAGGCCAGAUGGGCCGAGGACGCUUGAUGCCAAAUAAACAGAACCUGCGAGUGGUGGAGUGCAAACCUCAGCCCUGUAUUGUGUCAGUUGAAGGGCUUUCUUCAUCAACUACUGAUGUCCAACUGAAAAACCUGCUGAUGUCAGUGGGACCCAUUCAGAGUUUACAGAUGCUUCCUCAACAGCGGAAAGCCAUAGCAAAAUUCAAGGAGCCAGCACAUGCUUUAGCAUUUCAACAGAAAUUCCACAGGCACAUGAUAGAUCUGUCCCACAUCAACGUGGCGCUGAUUGUGGAGUGAUGUCUGCUGAGAGAAGCCCCUGCACCGACCUCAGUGUACUGUGGAGCUGCAGACUCAGUGGAAAAUCCAUCGGGUUGGGAGCCCACCUGUCAGCUCAGUCUGUAACUGCUCUCUUGAACUACAGAAAGCACCAAGGUGACCUCCAGGAGAGGUGAAUUCGAGAGGAUCUGCAAAGGUGGAAUUUCUGUUCAGUUUCUUCACAUUCUGUUGUAACCACAUGGAAUUAUAGGAUUAUUUUUUUUUUCCAAAUGCUUUUGAUGCAUGUAGACAUUGUUCUUCAGGAUCCUACUGUGUGACCACAGUGACUUGAGAAAGAAUGGUUACAGCGAAAGAUUUAAAAAACUUUCUCCAUAGCAAAGAAUAUUUGAUAAUGGUUGCUCUUAUCUUCAGUGCAAGGUAUUUGAAUGAAAACUCGUUUUUCUAAUCAAAUUAGUUGCAUUGUAUACCUGAGAGCACAGAAGGUAUUCUUGUGUAGAUUUGAACAUGGUCUGCUUUGCUGAAUAGCAGUUUGCUGAGAAGCUUUGGAGGUGACACUGGAAAAUUGUAGUUUUGAUCUUUGUAAAUAAGUCUGUCUUUGCAUUUUUUUAUUCCAACAUAGACUUCCAUCCUCUCUUUCCAACUCCACUUAUUCCAUAAAACCCUGUGUAGGAGGAAGAACAUCACUGUAUUUUCCCUUGGUUUCUAAAAGCAAGGAUCUUUGCCCUUCAGUAGCAUUGUGGGGUAGUGAACUCCGAGUUGUAAUUAGGUUGUUUUAAUUAACUCUGCCAGUUGCAAGGAAAAAGAAAUAUUUGGUGGGUCACUUCAAAAAUGUUAUGCAGGAAGAGUGGUGCAUUCCUGAUAGUUCUUUUGAGCUAGUGUUUCAUGGUUUGCCUCAUGCUUUAUUUUGAUCAGGUUUUUUUCUUUGAGAUUUAUUUUGUGAUUAAUGCUGAACCGUAAGAAACCCGUAACUGCAAGGACUUGUUUUGAUGUGGUGUUCCUGAUACAUAAAGGACUAUAAGGACAUUGUGAAUCUCCUGAUGAAUGUGUCAGUUCCCAAAAAUGCCAUGCAAACAUUAAGGAGCUUAUAUUUUAUUCAAAGUAAAAUUCGUAAUAUUUCCUUUUGGUUAGAACUAUCCAGAUGGAGUUGCCAAAGGAGCAAUUUUUUCAGUUACUUCUGAAUAAACUUAUUAAAAUGUCAUCUUUAUAUUGGAUUCCAGUUUUUAUGAACAUUUCCUUAGUUUUUAAACCAUGAUGUUUUGCUUCAUAUUUUAUUUUAGGAAUACUCUUAAGGACUCCACCUACUUUUUGAAGGGGGGGACUUACAGGAAUGUAGGUUUGUUACCUGAGUGCAGAAAAACACUAUGGGUAUGAAAUAAAAGAGCUGCAAAAGGGGUCCAAAAUAGGCUUGCCAAGCUGUAAAGGGAUGAGCUAAGCAAAUUUAUAGUAGCUUUUUUUAGUAUAUUUAUAGUAUCUUUUUUUUUUCUUUUUUUUUUUUUGGUGGGGGGGAUGAUUUAAUGGCA